CUUCUCGCCUGGGCUCGUUUAAUUCGAUGGUGAUGUUUCAUCAAAGUCACCGAGAGUAGCAGGUUGUCUGUCAUCAACCUUCAUUCUGCUGGAUUUCCCGUCCUUUUUUUUUUUUUUUUUUUUUUGCCUCUGUACCUAGACUGUCCAGCUAGGCAGAGUAGGGUUGCUUGCUGGCAGGCUGGCUUCCCGACCGAGAGCAAGGUUUGUCGGCUAGCCAACAACUGGAGGUAACGCCGAAGCUUCCCUCAAGUUGUGGUAGCGGCUCUCGAGCCUCCUGUCGCCGGGAUAAUGGCGAAGAUUCAGGCGCACAGCACCGCGAAGCAAAUAAACCAAAUUCAAGACAAGCCUUACGUUAUAACACAAAAGCAAGUGCAGCAGCAGCACUUCCAGAAGCUGAAGGUUGAAGAUGCCUUGUCAUAUCUGGACCAAGUCAAAAUUCGUUUUGCGAAUGACCCUGGGAUAUAUAACAAGUUUCUCGACAUCAUGAAGGAGUUCAAGUCGCAGAGCAUCGACACACCGGGAGUGAUAAACCGUGUAUCACAACUGUUUCAUGGACACCCAGACCUCGUCUUGGGCUUCAAUGCCUUCUUGCCACCGGGGUAUCGGAUAGAGGUCCCUAAGAAUGGGAUGGCUUUCCUUCAGUCUCCUUUCUCUGCACAGGUAUCCCCAAGCCCACAGGGGAAGAGUCCCGUCGCUCCUGCUGUUGCUGCGACCUCGGGUAGUGCCUCUUCCUCUCACUCUGAAGUGGGACCUGCCCAGACCAGUGAAGUCAAGGUGGCCACAACAGAGCCCCUGUCUUCGUCAGCAGCAGGACCUCCAGAGCCUCCCAGCAGACUUUCUCUUCCCCUGACCAGCAGAGAGAGCCAAAAUCCAGCAGCCACCUCAUCUGUGUCCCCGCCUGCCUCAGAGACGAGCCCCGUAGAAUUUGAUAGCGCCAUCAGCUAUGUCAACAAGAUUAAAAACCGUUUCCUGGACCAUCCAGAGAUCUAUAGAGCCUUCCUAGAAAUUCUUCACACAUAUCAGAAGGAACAGCUGGAGGUGAAGGAGAGUCGAGGCAGUCGAGGCAGCAGUGGGAUGACAGAAGAUGAGGUGUUUUCUAAAGUUGCCAGUCUCUUCAAGGGACAAGAAGACCUGCUGGCUGAGUUUGGACAAUUCUUGCCCGAUGCCAAGAGAUCACUGUUCACAGGCAGUUCGCUCACCGGGGGGAAAGAGCAGCUGAAAAGGACAGAAGAAGAGGACAUGAUAACCAAACAGAACAAAAAGAGACCGAGGCCCAUACUUCUCCAGCAUAUGUCCCCACUGCUCAAGAAAAAAAUGAAGUAUUCCUGUACCAAAGAUCAGUCCUUUGCUUCGGUUGGCAAACAUGGAGUCUUAAGAGAAUUUUCCUUCUUUGAUAAGGUUCGUCGCCUGUUUAAAAGCCAGGAAGUAUAUGAGAACUUCCUGCGCUGCAUCGCCUUGUUUAACCAAGAAGUUGUUUCAGGAGCUGAGCUGCUACAGCUUGUUACUCCUUUCUUGGGGAAGUUUCCUGAACUGUACACACAGUUCAAGUCAUUUCUCGGGGACAAAGAGCUCUCUCAUGCUGUGUCAGGGCUGUCGGAUCGUUACAUGGAGGGAGGAGGGGGCAGGGAGGUGGAUUAUGCCUCCUGCAAGCGCCUGGGGUCCAGCUAUAGAGCACUGCCCAAGACCUACCAGCAGCCUAAAUGCAGUGGGCGCACGGCCUUAUGCAAGGAGGUAUUGAAUGACACCUGGGUGUCUUUCCCCUCCUGGUCAGAAGAUUCAACCUUUGUUAGCUCCAAGAAGACUCCUUAUGAGGAGCAGCUGCAUCGCUGUGAGGAUGAAAGAUUUGAGUUGGAUGUUGUUCUGGAGACAAACUUGGCCACCAUCAGAGUCCUAGAGAGUGUCCAGAAGAAGCUGUCUCGCCUCUCACCAGAGGACCAGGACCGAUUCAGAUUAGACGACUGCCUGGGCGGCACCUCUGAGGUCAUCCAGCGUCGUGCUGUGUAUCGUAUCUAUGGCGACAAAGCCCCUGAGAUCAUCGAGGGCCUGAAGAGGAGUCCUGCUACUGCUGUGCCUGUGGUGCUGAAGAGGUUGAAAGCUAAGGAGGAAGAGUGGAGAGAGGCCCAGCAGGGUUUCAAUAAGAUUUGGAGGGAGCAGUACGAGAAGGCCUACCUGAAGUCCCUCGACCACCAAGGAGUCAACUUCAAACAGAACGAUAUGAAGGCCCUGCGGUCAAAAAGUCUUCUUAAUGAGAUUGAAAGCAUCUACGACGAGCGUCAGGAGCAGAGCACAGAAGAAGGUGGUGUUGGCCAACAAAGCCGUAAUGGUUCAGCCUCAUCCAGUGAACCUCACAUGGUGUUUACUUAUGAGGACAAACAAAUCCUGGAGGAUGCUGCCUCACUCAUCAUCUACCACGUUAAACGACAGCCAACCAUUCACAAAGAUGACAAGGACCACAUCAAACGCAUCAUCCAGCACUUUGUCCCCGACCUGUUCUUCUCCCGCCGCGGCGAGCUCAGUGAUACUGAAGAAUGGACGGAUGAGGAGGCUGAGCCGGAAGAGGGAGGCGAUAAAGGAGGAGGUGGAACCGCCACCACCGCAGCAGGCGGAGGAGGAAAUGGUAAUAAUGCAUCAGGAGCAGCAGCCAGCAGUUGUCAGUCUCAGCCCCAACCUGUCCAAUCACAGUCCCAGACCCAGUCCCAACCGCAGCAGCAGCUCAACGGAGAGUCCAGGAGGAGGCGCUGCAGCCCAUCCCAACCUGCAGAAAACGAAGCCUCGACCACCUCAAGCAGCAUAAGCCAGCCUGCUGGAUCCACACCGACCCCGGGGUCUACACCUAUGGAGAUGAGCUCGGGUGCAGCCGGGGAGAAGGUGGACCUUCGUGACCCCGAAGCAGAGCACCAAAAGGAGCUGGAUGGUGUCUACAACCUGUUUUUUGUCAACAACAACUGGUAUUUCUUUUUGCGGCUGCACCAGACUCUGUGUUCGCGGCUGCUGCGGGUUUACCGACAAGCAGAACGGCAGCUGCUGGAGCAUCGAGCUGAGCAGAGCAGAGAGAGGCUGCUGAUGGCAGAGGGACGGAGGGAAAAGGCGUGUGACCUCGCUAUGGAGCUCCGCCUCAAACAGCCCAGUGAGGUGGAGUUAGAGGAGUAUUACCCAGCUUUCCUCGAUAUGGUGCGCAGUUUGCUUGAUGGUAACCUGGACUCUACACAAUAUGAGGACACGCUGAGGGAGAUGUUCACCAUCCACGCCUAUAUCGGCUUCACCAUCGACAAAGUCAUCCACAACAUCAUCCGACAGUUGCAGCACCUGGUGAGCGACGAGGUGUGUCUGCAAGUGGUUGACCUUUACCUGGCUGAGAGGAAACGAGGGGCAGCCGGGGGGAACCUGUCCUCACAGUGUGUUAGAGCAGCUUGGGAGACCAGCUACCAGUGGAAAGCUGAGCGAGUGAUGGCUGAAGAGAACUGCUUCAAGGUGAUGUUUAUUCAAAACAAGGGUCAAGUGACAAUGACCAUCGAGCUGCUGGACACUGAGGAGGCCCAGGCUGAUGACCCACUAGAUGUUCAGUGCCUGUCGAGCUACAUGGAGCAGUUUGUAGGAACAGAGUCCAGUCUGUGCUCUCAAGCAGAGGGCUACUUCUUCAAACCCGUAUUUCUGCCCAGGAACCUUCGCCGUUUUCGCCGCUGGCAAGUGCGACAGGUGGAGGCGAUGCGCUGCAGGAGAGAGUGGCACCGCCAGCUGGGCGUGGAAAACGCCGGCAGUCUCGACUGUCGAUUUAAACUCAACACUCACAAGAUGGUGUUUGUCAUGAACUCUGAGGACUACAUGUACCGCAGAGGGGCCCUCGUCAAGGCCAGGAAGUCGCAGCACAGAGUGGCAGCGAACCAGCACGAACGCUUCGACAAGUGGCACCAGGGCUGGCUGACCAAUCACGUUACAGCCUCGGCUGAACGCUCCGUACAGAACUGGCUAAUGGGCGAAGAUGAGGAGGAUCUCAUCCCCUGCAAGACUACCUGCCUCUCGACUGAAGUGAAGGGGCAGAUGGUCAACAGAUACCAGGUUCAUUACAGCGGUAGCAAAGCCCCUUCUUCACCGUAGAGGCCUGCACAGAGAUGGACAGUAAUGCACACGCGCACACACACACACACACACACAGGUAAAUGCAUGAACGCAAAGGACAUACGUACACUAAACACAGACAUAAACAGCUGCAGUCGUGUCUCCACGUUCCUCCACGACGUGCUCGCUCAUUCACUCUGACUCACGGAUGAAGAAACUGGCAGAAAUGCAGUGAGUCAGUGAGUGAGAGGAGUGACGAUGUGGGGACGAGGGCCAACAGACAGUGAAGUAAUCAAUGAGAGCCAGCUCGGCCCUGAUUGGCGGGACGAGGAACGCACCAGGACGAACGGAGUUCAUCAUCCUUUAGCAUCUUCAUCAUUCGAGCUUCUGUGGUGGCAGUAACGUUUUUAAGGCUGACGGACAGAGUCAGCUGAUCAGGUGAGGACUCAUGAGAUCAUGGAAUUUGUUUGAGAAAUGUGAAUGUCUGUUUUUUUUCUUUCUCUUUUCUUUUUUUAAGUCAAGUGUAGUUUUUAGCCUCUAAAGCCGGAGAGCCUGCCUGUGGGUCGGUUGGUUGGUUUCUGUGUGUUUAUAUGGGGAGAUUAUGGUAAACGUGUGUAUGUAUGUGUAUCCUGCUCUCUUCAUUUUUGUCUAAUUGUAGGCCCACUGCAGGCUCUACAACUAUAGUAAAUGCGUUAUUACUGUAUGUGCAUAUAUACACACAACAGGGAUCCUGUAUUUUUAUAUAUGCAUCUACACAGGUUGAUCGAUACAUGUGGUUCUCUACAGUGUUUGCUGUCAGCCAACUCUUGAUGUUUGUUGUUUAUUUUUUUGUAUUUCCCCCUUUUUUGUGUUGUAGCUAAACAAGUUAUCACUGGGCAACAAGGAGUCCUUAAAAUUAAUUGGUUUAAUAUUAAUGAAGAUCAAAUUGUAUCAUAUUCAUCACCAAAUGUUUAAUUUUGCAUUGUUCUUUUUUUGCAUACUGACAUUGAAAAUAAAAUCGAAAUAUCAGUGUUAAAAUAGAAUGUAUAACAUUUAUCCUGUAUCAGUUAUCAUAAAAUAAACAACCUAGUUGUGAACUUCUUA